CGUGUACUAGUAUAUUGUCUCUGUCUUGUACAUUUCGUCAGCUACACUAGAGUUUUUAGAAAACAUGGCUAGCGACGAUGGUGGAUGUAAAACCCUCAUUCUGGUCAUAGUUGGUCCAACAGGUGCUGGAAAAAGCGCUACUGGUAACACCAUCUUAGGAAGACGUAAGUUUGUGUCGACAUUGUCUUCCGUGUCAAAAACAAGAUACAUUGAAUGGGGUAAACGUGCUAUUGGAGAUCGGGACGUUGUGGUGAUCGACACCCCCGGCUUGUUCGAUACCCACGAGGAAAUGACUCCAGAAAUGCUAGCCACUGAAAUAUCGAAAUGUAUCGGUAUUGCUAUGAGUCAAGGUGUCGGCCUUGAUGCAAUUAUUUUAACAAUGAGUGCCGAUCAGCGCAUGACAAAGGAACACAUGUAUACAAUUCAGUUCCUCCGAAAACUGUUUGGUGAAGAGAUGAUGAAAUACGUAGUGUUACUCUUUACCAGAAAAGAUCGACUUGACGAGGAUGAUACAUCAUUGGAUGAGUAUUUGUUUGACGUCCCACAGUUUCUUGCUGAUCUAUUGGAGGAGUGUGAUCGUCGUGCCAUAGCGUUCAACAACAAGACAAAAGAUGUUGAAGUCAAAGAGCGUCAAACUGCUGAACUGUUGCACAUUAUUGAAAAACUGAAAACGGUAAACGGUGAUAAGCCAUUCACUAGCAACUUGACAGAUCGCGUUAAGCGAGCAGUCGAGGAAGACCGGAAGAAGAACUACAGCGGACCAGGCGGUAGUGACAAACAAAGUGAAGAAAUUGCAAAUGGAUUCAACAUUACAAUCAUCAGAAGUAUCGCUUCAUUCAUUAUGGAAUUUAGUCAGAAAGCGUUCGUUUUAGCGAAAAUGAUAUUCGAGAUCAGUCCUAAACAGUGUCCCAAGGAAUAG